AUGGAUAUUGAUUUAUCCCUUAAUGGCCAUGAAGGUGACUCAGAUUUCUCAAGAUCAUGUAAGAAAGUAGGACAAAACUCCAUAUGGACAGCUUUUCUUGCCUCCAUUAGUGCCCAUGAAAUUAACUCAUCCGAGCUGUGGAGGGCAGCAGUAACAGAGACAGUGACAACUGCCUUCCUCAUGUUCACACUGGUUGUUUCCAUCGUCUCAUGCACAGAAUCUCACCAUCCCGAUCCCCAGCUGCUCAUCCCUGGUGUCGUCUUCCUCAUUGCCUUCUUCUUCCUCCUGGCAAUAUUACCUCUAUCCAGCUGCCAUGUGAACCCAUUAAUCUCCUUCAUUGCGGCGCUCAAAGGUGUGAUACCCCGUGCGUGCGUGCGUGCGUGCGUAUAUAUGUUGGGGCAAUGCGUCGGCUCCAUAAUAGGAUUUCUGUUGAUCAAGAGCGUGAUGAGCCCUGAUGCAGUAGCCAAGUAUUCGUUAGGCGGCUGCAGAAUCAAUGCAAACGGGGAUGGGAUAAGCCUGGGAACAGCGCUAAUGUUGGAAUUUGUGUGCACUUUUUUGUUCCUCUUGCUUGCCAUGACGGUGGUGUUCGACUCUAAAAGGCACAAGGAGCUUGGAAUGCCCAUGAUUUGUGCUGUCAUAGCAGCGUCCAGGGCAAUAGCUGUUUAUGUGUCCAUUGUGGUCACCGGAAAGCCGUGCUACGCCGGUGCCGGACUGAACCCCGCAAGGUGUUUGGGGCCGGCGCUGCUGCAGCAUGGAGAGUUGUGGUAUGGGCAUUGGGUGUUCUGGCUUGGACCCUUUUUUGCUUGCAUUCUUUAUCAUGGUUUCUCUGCUACCUUGCCCAAGCCGGGGGGUUGA